AGCAUAUUACACGCAGAAAUAAUCAGCUGAUUGGUUAUCUUUUUUGAUUCAUAUACAUAAAAAUAAAUUGAUCGUACAAUAAGCUAUUAUAGUUUCAAUAAUAUAAAUGUUUGAUAUUUUAUUAAAAAAAAAUUAUUAACUUUAAUUUUUUUUAUAACUCAACACGUUAUAAGUUACACAUCUUCAAAAAAUUAUGUUUUAAGAAUUAAUGCAAUUGGAUAAUAGACAAAACUUUGUGUAAGACGACAUCGAGCCAUGUCGUCCUCACCAGAAAAUAUUGCUAUAAAGCAGCCUAUUAGACGCUUAGAAAUCCAAAUUAAUAAUUUCAAUGUGGCAAUACCACAUCAUGUUGAUUUGUUAAAACGACAUAAAACUAACAUUCAAAAAUAUCAAGCACAACAUGAUUGGGAAAAAAUGCGUAGAGAACACAUAAAUGUAGCAAGAAUUAUAAAACAACUCAAAGAACUUUUAUAUCAAAUGGAUACUUUAAGAGCUCAUGUUCUUGAUUCUGAUAUUAAUCAAUUUGAUAAACUAACUGCUAAUGCACGUAUGAGUAUUCUGAAUGCAAUAAAAGAAUAUAUGGAAUUAGAGUUAAAUUUGCCCAUGUCACCAGAAUCAUCCAUAAAUGAAGAUCAAGCCAAUAGUUAUCCACUUGACAAUACAUAUAUCCAACUUCAAAAAGAACAACAGGACUUGCAACAUCAGGAGGCAUGUCUGCAUGCUUGGAAUACCUUGCAAGGAGAUAUACAUCAAUUACAUCAAUUAUUUGUUGAUUUUAACAAAAUUGUUGAUGAUCAAAAGGAACUAGUGAAUUCAGCAGAAGAUGAUAUAGUGGAAACAAAUAUAAAUGUCAAAGAAGGAGAAAAAUUUCUUGAAAAAGCUGCUAGAUAUAAAGUUGCUAUGUAUCCAUUAGCAGGAGCUGUAAUAGGUUCUUGUAUUGGUGGACCAAUUGGUUUAUUAGCUGGAUUAAAAGUUGGUGGAUUAACUGCCAUAGGUUGUGGUAUUUUAGGAUUUACUGGAGCAUCUAUAUUAAAAAAAAAAGAAAUAGAAAUGCAGAAAUCAAAAUCUGUUAUAGAACAUGAAUUGACUGAACAAAAACCUAUACAAAGAUCAUCAUCUCUUCCUGAAAAUUUAAAGGAAACUAAAAAAGAAUUAUGACCCAUGACAAAAUGUGAUAUUAUUGAUAAGAAUAAGAAAAAGAAUGCCUGCAGUGUUGUUUAAUCCCAAGGUACUGAUAUUAAAAAUAUAUAUAAAUGUGAUGUUUAUACACAGAUUUUAACAACUAAAGAUUGUCAUUUUCUAAUUUUAAAUAAGAAAAUAAUUUUAUAUAAACAUAAGUCAUGUAGAGAUUCAUUAAAAAAUUAUGGCAGAAAUAUGAAAUACAAAGAAAAUAAUAAUAUAAUAAUUAAUUAAUGAGAUCAAUAAUACUUAUCUUCAAUUUCUUUAUAUGAGAAUAAAAUAAAAUAAAACAAAGUGAAAAUUUAUAAAAUUAUAAUAAUUUCUAUUUUUGCUGCCAAUAUUAUAUUAUCACUGAAUGAUGGAUGUUUUUUGAGAUAGAGAAUUAGUUAUUUUUUAUAAAAAGUAAACAUAAAUAUUAUUGAUCUUAUAUUAUAUUAUAAUAAUCAUGAAUCUAUUAUAAUUUCUUUUAUAUUUCAUAUUUUUGUUAUAAAUUUUUCUUUUUAAAUUUUUUUAAUAAAAUAAAAUAUAAAAAAUUUAAAUGACUUAUGUAUUUAUAAUAUUUUUUUCUUAUUUAGAUCUAUUAGAUCUGUUUGGAAUAUAGUGACAACAUUUAAUCGUUAAAUCUUAGACAUCCAUAUAUAUAUCUUAAACUUUUAUGUUUGAAAUAUUAAGGAAUGUUUUUCUAUUAUAUAUAUAUAUAUAUAUAUUAUAUAUAAAUAUAUAUAUAUAUAUAUUUAUAUAAAAUAUUAUAUAUAUUAUAUAUAUAUAUAUAUUUAUAUAUAUAAUAUAUAUAAUAUAUUUUUAUAAUAUAAAAGAAAAAUAUUUAAAAAUUAUCAAGAAUUACAGAUAAAUAUUUCUAUUAAAAGGUUUGUGAUUUUUUUUAAAGAUAAUAGGUGACAUAACUUAUUAAAUUAUACGUUUUUACUAUGUGAAAGAAUAUUAUGAAAUUUUCUGCUGGGAUCAAAUUUUAUUAUUAAAAUAUAAGAAGGUCCUUGUAAAAAAUUUCUUUAUAUUAUAAAAAAUAAUCUUUUUAUACACUUCUAUGACACAUCUACAAAAGCAUGACAUAUAGUAUGAUAAGCAAAUAUCUUAUUGAUAGUAUUUAAAUGAAUAAGGUUACAUUAUUGCAAAUAUCAUAUCAACUAUGCACAUGGCUAUAAUUAAAAUUUUUCAGAAAUAUGUACUUACAAUGACAUAAAAAUACUCUGUAGUUUAUGAUCCGGCAAAAUCGAUGAAAUAUAGCUCUUAUUGCUAUUAGAUACGUCUUUCGUAUGCUUCUUACAUAUUUUGUAUUUAUAAAAUAUGUUAAAAGUAUCAGUUAUACACAAAAAACUGAAAGCCUAUUGUCGUUUGUAAAGAAUGUUUGCAAAUAAAAUAUUUAUAUCACGAAUAUAUAA